AAGGGGUACCCCUUGGGGGCUGCCAGAAUAUUUUCAAGUGGAAGAGGAACCUGAUGCGGCACCAGUGGAUCUACACAGGAGAGAAGCCCUUCAAGUGCCUGGAGUGUGGGCAGAGAUUAACCAGGAGCACACAUCUCCUGCAGCAUGGGUUGACACAGACUAAGAAGAAGCCCUUUCCCUGCACCACAUGUUGGAAAUGCUUUGCAAGACAUUCGUACCUCAUUGAUCAGCAACACCUCCACGCAGGAGAAAAGCUUUUCUCCUGCCCCUGCUUCAAGAAGACCUUCCAAAUGAGUUCUCAUCUCAUCAGACAUCAGCAAUUCCACCACAACGGGACUCACACCAAGAAGAAGCCCUUUCCCUGCACCACGUGUGGGAAAUGGUUUACCCGGACCUGGGUCCUUGUUAACCAAAAGCACAUUCACACAGAAGAGAAGCCAUUCGUCUGCCCCGACUGUGAGAAAAACUUCAGCCAAAACUGUCACCUCCAGAGGCACCUGCAAGCCUUACACAAAGGGGAGUCCUCCUUGCAGGGGGCUUUGUGA